CAGAGCUCCAAAGCAAACGCACAUUUCCAGAAAUCAUGUCAUCAUCGUCAAAAAUGGAGUCACUGAUCCUUCAACUGCAUGAGAUAUCCGCUGUGAAAUUUGGAAACUUCAAGUUGAAAUCCGGCAUAUCUUCACCCAUAUACAUCGACCUCCGCCUCAUCGUCUCUUACCCUAAACUCCUCCUUCUCAUUGCCGAAACCAUGAUCUCUAUCCUCCCUCCUUCCGCCGUCCACGACGUCAUCUGCGGCGUCCCUUACACCGCACUCCCCAUUGCCACUGCUAUAUCAACCUCUUUCAACACCCCCAUGCUCAUGCGCCGAAAAGAAAUCAAGGACUAUGGUACUUCCAAGUCGAUCGAGGGUGCUUUUGAACCCAACCAGAUUUGUUUGAUUAUCGAGGAUUUGGUUACAAGUGGGACAUCGGUUCUUGAGACGGCGGCGCCAUUGCGUUCCGCCGGACUUAGGGUUAAAGAUGUCGUGGUGGUGAUUGACAGAGAGCAAGGUGGAAGGGAUAAUCUUGCGGCGAAUGGGAUUACGCUUCACUCGAUUGUGAAGCUUACAGACAUGGUUAGGGUUUUGAAGGCCAAAGGUAAGGUGUCUGAGGAGACGGAGGCUAUGGUGUUUAAGUUUUUGGAGGAGAACAAGAAGGUUGCUCCGGUGACUGCCUCUCCGUCUCCGGUGGCUGCUAAAGAUGCUUCCGUUAAGGUCAGGAUCCCGUACGGUGAACGGGCUAAAAUGACAAAGAAUCCAACUGGGAAGAGAUUGUUUGAAAUCAUGGUGAAGAAAGAAAGCAAUUUGUGUUUAUCUGCUGAUGUUACAACUGCUUCUGAGUUGUUGGCAAUUGCAGACAAGAUUGGACCAGAGAUCUGCAUGUUAAAAACUCAUGUGGACAUACUGCCGGAUUUCACCCCUGAUUUUGGAUCCAAGCUUCGUUCGAUUGCAGAGAAACACAAUUUCCUCAUUUUUGAAGAUCGGAAAUUUGCUGACAUUGGCAACACUGUAACAAUGCAGUAUGAAGGAGGUAUCUUCCGUAUAUUGGAGUGGGCAGAUAUAGUCAAUUGCCACAUUAUUUCUGGUCCUGGAAUUGUCGAUGGCUUGAAACUGAAGGGUUUACCUCGUGGAAGGGGAUUGCUGCUGCUUGCAGAAAUGAGUUCCGUUGGUAACCUUGCCAAGGGAGAUUACACAGCUGCGGCAGUGAAAAUUGCAGAAGAUCAUUCGGAUUUCGUCAUUGGGUUUAUAUCUGUUAAUCCAGCAUCAUGGCCUGGGGGACCUUCUAAUCCAGCCUUUAUUCACGCAACCCCCGGAGUUCAGUUGGUUAAAGGUGGCGAUGAUCUAGGCCAGCAAUAUAAUACCCCAAAUUCUGUAAUUUCUGAUAGAGGUAGCGAUAUCAUCAUUGUGGGACGUGGAAUCAUUAAGGCCACUAAUCCUGCUGACGCAGCGCGGGAGUAUCGAGUACAAGGUUGGAAUGCAUAUUCAGUUAACUGCAAGUAAUUCAAAGGUUUUCAUCUUUCUGUGAUAGUUAUUAUGAAGAUGAGUUGAAACUUAUUCAUAAAAUGUAUGUUGUGUUUUUCAUUCUGAUUAAUGCUUCAUCACAUGAACCGAGUGUCUUUGUUAUCAAAUGUCCAAUGCUUCAAUCCAUAGCUUGUUUCACAAGGACUGGGAAUAAGAGAAAAAGAGGAAUUGCUUUUGAUUCAAAAAAGCAUUUGUUUGGUCCACUCUGCAUCUUUGAUCUAUUCAUGUUCUUUACUGCAUCA